AUGGCGAGCAGCGGACGAGGAGCCUACAGCUCCGAAGGCGAGUCAGCCGUCGUCAAGGAGUCCAAGUACAUCGACGUCGAGCUGCACGCCGCCACCGAGGCCCACCUGCGGAACACAACGGUGAACAACAUCUCGUGGCGCGGCGUCACCGUCACUGUCAAGGACAGGGUGACAAAACAGCCCAAGGUGAUUGUGGAUAAUGUCGAGGGUCAUGUGCAAGCUGGCGAGAUACUUGCCCUGAUGGGCCCGUCCGGAUGCGGCAAGACAACCCUCCUCAACGUGCUAGCCUCCCGUGGCACAGGAGCCGCUAAGGUCAGCGGCGGGCUCCUCGUCAACGGCGCCGUGCCCUCCCCAGCAGCAUUCCGGCAGCUGAGCCGCUUCGUCGAGCAGGACGACGCCCUCAUCGGGUCGCUGACGGUGCGCGAGACCCUGGCCUUUGCCUCCAGGCUGUCGGGGGGCACAGAAGCCUCCUCGUCGCUGACGAGGCGGGAGAGGGCGGCGCGGGUGGACGGCUUGGUGGAUGCGUUUGGACUGCGCGAGCAGGCGGACACCAUUAUUGGCACGCCGAUCCGGAAGGGAAUCAGCGGUGGGCAGAAGCGGAGGGUUGGGAUUGCUAGCCAGCUUAUUACUAGCCCUCGGAUUCUGUUCCUGGAUGAGCCUACGAGUGGGUUGGACUCUGUGGCUAGUUUCGAGGUUAUUAGUUACCUAAAGGGGGUUGCUAAGCGGAACAAUCUCAUCGUCGUGGCCAGCAUACACCAGCCGUCCACCUCGACAUUCAACCUCUUCGACAAGCUCAUGCUCCUCUCAGGCGGCAAGACACACUAUUUCGGCCCCGUUCAUGCCCUUGGUCCGUAUUACGAGUUCGCAGGCCAUCCUCUUCCCCUCCACGUCAACCCAGCCGAGUUCCUCCUGGAGCAGGUCAACAUCGACUUCACCUCAGACAGGAGUGGAGGAAGACAGCCAUCCCAGCGCCGCCUGGGUGCCAUGCAGCAGACUUGGGCGUCCUCACCCCUGGCUGAGCACCUGUCCAAUGUCAUCAGGGGCAGCACCUCCUCCCUCGACAUGGUGGUCGUGGAGGAGACGAAGCCUGGGUUCGCGAGCCUGGUGCUGACCCUGCUUCACCGGUCGUUUAUCAAGAGUUAUCGUGAUGUGAUUGCUUAUGGUGUGCGGGUGGCCAUGUACCUUGGGCUGGCCAUCAUGAUGGGGACAGUGUGGGUUCGGCUCAAGACGGAGCAGGAGUAUAUCCAGCCCUAUAUCAACGCCAUUUUCUUUGGCGGAGCCUUCAUGUCCUUCAUGGCAGUAGCCUACGUCCCCGCCUUCAUCGAGGACCGCAACCAAUACGUCAAGGAGUUCCACAACGGCCUGUACGGCGCGGCCGAGCUCGUCGUGUCCAACUUCCUCAUCGGCAUCCCCUACCUCUUCCUCAUCGCGCUCGGCUUCUCCGCCAUCUCCUACUGGCUGUCCAACUUCCAGCCCACGGCGGCCGCCUUCUUCACCUGGGUCAUGUGGGUCUUCCUCGACCUCCUCGCCGCCGAGGGCCUCGUCGUGCUCGUGUCCAGCCUGUUUCCCAACUUCGUCGUCGCCCUCGCCCUGGUGGCCUUUGCCAACGGGCUCUGGAUGUGCGUCAACGGGUUCAUGGUCUCGCCCACCGUGCUCAACGUCUUUUACAAGUACGUCUUUAGCUACUGGGACUACCAAAAGUAUGUCUUUGAGGGCAUGAUGGUCAACGAGUUCCACGGGCGGGCGUACUCGUGUGGUGCCGGGUGCAACUGCAUGUACCAGACCGCGCUGGCGGACCGGUGCUUGAUUGCCGGCGACGGCGUGCUGGCGCAGUAUGGGUAUGAGGCUGGUUAUCUGGGCAAGAAUGUGGGCAUCAUGAUUGGGAUUAUUGCUGGGUAUCGUAUUGCUGCUUGGCUGGCUCUGGUGUGGAGGAGGUGA